UUUGAUUGAUCAUCUUCUACUCCAGUUGAUUAAGAGUUUACCGCUACGAAAGCAUCUAUUUGUUACCUAUUCAUCAGAUACUAUCAUGCCUAUCCAACUUUCAACCGGUGCGUUGAGAGAUAUUUUCUCUAUUUCGAAACAGGGCCAAGUCCAGGCUCCCAUCACGGUCCAAGUUACGGCAACUAAGCCAGUCUUCUUGGAAAAAGAGUUGAAGAAGUACAGAGUGAUGAUGACCGAUGGUGUCUACAUUGCCCAUGGAUUGAUGGAUGAGCAAUGUAUGCCAUAUGUUAGCAACAACAAUUUCACCAGAUACUGUAUCAUCCAAAUCAAGCAAUAUAGCGUGUUCUCUACCCAGAAACACUUGGUCUUGAUAAAGGACGUGGAACUUUUGAGCUCUGAGGGUGAAAAGGUUCAACAGAAAGAUUUCAUCAACGUCGAUACCUAUUUUGCUGAACACCCAGAAGAUGACUACUUGGGAUUGAGUAAAAAGUCCGAAUCUCCUGCGCCAGCUUCCUUUGAACAACCACAACAACCUCCAAAGCAACAGCCACAGUAUCCUCCAGGAUCUGCUCCUGUAGGAUCCAAGCCACCAGGCAGAAUUGCUCCAAUUGAAUCAUUGUCUCCUUACCAAAACCAAUGGACUAUCAAGGCAAGAGUGUCUUACAAGGGUGAUCUCAGAACUUGGUCUAAUGCUAAAGGAGAAGGAAAGUUGUUCAGUGUGAACUUCUUAGAUGAGUCGGACGAAAUUAAGGCUACAGCUUUCAAUGACGUUGCUGAAAAACUUUACAAGCUUUUGGAAGAAGGAAAGGUUUAUUAUAUUAGUAAGGCAAGAGUUCAAACUGCCAAGAAACAGUUCAAUCACUUAUCACAUCCAUAUGAGUUAGCUUUUGAAAGAGAUACCGAAGUCACUGAAUGUUUCGACACCGCCAACGUUCCAACCUUGAAUUUCUCCUUCGUCAAAUUAAACCAGAUUCAAAACCUUGAAACUAAUGCUAUUGUCGAUGUUAUUGGUGCUUUGAAGACUGUCAACCCAUCCUUUCAAAUUACCGCGAAAUCAACUGGAAAGGCUUUCGACAGAAGAAAUGUAACUAUUGUUGACGACACUGGGUUUGCAAUUGACGUGGGAUUAUGGAACAGUACCGCUAUCGACUUCAGCAUUCCCGAGGGUUCCGUUGUUGCUUUCAAAGGUUGUAAAGUUCAAGAGUUUAACGGAAAAUCCUUAACUUUGACCCAGGCGGGUACCAUGGUCGCAAACCCAGAAACACCAGAAUCUUACCAAUUGAAAGGAUGGUAUGAUCACCAAGGUAUCAACGAAAACUUCAAGAGUUUGAAGGUUGAGACUGGUUCCAACCAAGUCAGCAACCGUAAAACUAUUGCCGAGGCAGAAGAAGAGAACUUAGGUAAAUCUGAUAGACCAGAUUACUUUUCCAUCAAGGCCACAAUUGGGUUCACAAAAGUUGAUAACUUCUGUUAUCCUGCUUGUUCAAACGAAUCUCAAAACCAAUCUACUCAAAAAUCAGGCCAAGUUAACACUUGUAACAGAAAAUUAAUCGAGCUCAAUGAUGGCUCCUGGAAAUGUGAAAGAUGUGACUUGACUUUCAGUGAACCUACUUACCGUUACAUUUUCAAUUGUUCAGUUAUGGAUAACACCGGUCAAUUAUGGCUCACUUUGUUUGAUCAAGAAGCACAUAAAUUGUUCGGCGUUGAUGCCAGUGUGUUAAAGAAGUACCAACAAGAUGAGGCUGAUGGCGUAGGCAAGAAUUUUACUGAACUUACCUCAAGUAUUUUGUUCAAAGAGUACUCUUUCAGAGUCAGAGCAAGACAAGACAACUACAAUGAUAAUGUGAGAAUAAGGUACCAAGCCGUGGGGCUUGAUUAUCUUGAUUAUAAUCAGGAGGCCGACGCUUUAUGUAAAGAGUUGGAAGCUUUGUUGGGUUAAUUAGUUGUUGGUGUGUCCAUUUUGAUUUGGAAAUUAUGUUUGUAUUUUAAUGUAUGCUGAUUAAGAGCUGUAA